AUGUCAGGAAAAGUCCGAAGCCGUGUACAUGAAUUGUGGGCCGCGUCUUAUCAUGGGCCCUCCAUAGCUAGCCCCGAAUUGAAACGUCGUCGCGAAUUCGAAACUCGUUCGAAUGAUUCCAAAAGGCAGCGCACAGAAGCGCCAAUUCCACAAAUUCUUCCAAAUCCGGUAAAAGAUUUGGAAGAAAGUACCAUGAAAGAUGAUGAAAGCAAGACCGCAGAUAAUUUUGAAGCGCUCAAAGCCGCAGCCGCCGCUGAAAACUUAGUUGCGAUUGGACCAAAUGGCACAACUGUGAAAAAGGAGGAUUUUGACGCAUUACAAUGGUUGAACGCUGCACUUGUCACACGUAUGCUGUUGACUUUGAUAUUCGACGAGCAGACUUUGGCCACCCAUACGCUCAGCAGACUCUCGCCCGCAUUCCGUUGUCAGGAUCGUCUAACGAAGCCAUCAUUGGAUUUUGCAAAGGUCACCGAUAUCAUUUAUUGUAUCCGAGAAAGACUUGGUUGUUCGGAAAUGGAGAUUCGCUUGCCGAUAAUAAUGACGUGCUCCAACGUGGCCAGAUCGUUCAAAAGCAAAUGA